AUGGCCUUCCUCAAUCUCCCGUCAGAGUUAAUCCUAAACAUCGCAGACGAAAUCCUAAAUAACCAAGACCUCAGCAGCCUCUCUCAAACCUGUCGAGACCUCCACUCCCUUCUCACCAAUUACCUCUACCGUCGCGACGCACAAUCAGGCAAUCCACAAGCUCUCUUCUGGGCAGCCUACAAGGGCCACGUCUCUACCGCCCGCAAAGCGCUUCCGCACGGCGCGAACAUACAUGCAAGGGACACCUCCACCACCUCAUUCCCAAACCACUUCCCAGGCCAAUCGCUCUCCCGACGAUGGGACUCGUGCCCAACAACCCUCCACUUCACUCCUCUUCAAAUCGCAACAUGUUACCUGCGGGAGAGCAUGGUUCGCUUUCUCAUUCAACACGGCGCAGACGCCCAUGGACCCUUCCCCGCCCACCACGAUGGCUACCCGUUACAUGUUGUGAGCAGCAACGGGCCCACCAGGCUCGUAAAAUUGCUCUUAGAGAAAGGUGCCGAAGUUGACGUGCGCAAUUCGAAAGGGUGGACGCCGUUGUAUUGCGCCGUGAGGCGGCUUCUUUCUACCCUCACACCGGACAAGGAGAUUGCAGCGCGCAUACGGCUGUUGUUGGAUUACGGUGCUGAUCCGGACGCUGCAAGCAAGGCUGGGAAGUCGUCUAGGUUGUUGGCGAAGAAGUGUCGGGAUCCGUAUGUUCGGAUGAUGCUGUUGGGGGGGAAAGCGGCGAGGGUUAGCUUGUAUGAAGCGAAUUUGGAGGGAGCAAUUAAAGAAAAGGGCAAAUUGAAUUGCGAGGUGAUCAGUAAAUUGGAUAAUGAUAAUGAUAUGGCUAUGUCCGUGGCGCCAUCGUCCGUGACGGAGCCGAAAUGGAAAAGGACUCGAAAAAGGUCGCAGAAACAGAAGCAGAAGAGGAAACCAAAGACGCAGCUGGGAGGGGGGCAUGGGGAUAUUGAAGGUAAAGAUGCAGCUAAAGGAGUAAAUAUUGGGAGCCAGGUUUCGAUGGCACCGGUACAAGUGGUCAAACUUGAUGGCAUUACCGCAGAUGCUACCGCUCAAAGGCAACAGGCUUGGAUCAAAAUGCGUGCCGAAAGUCCUCGACAUUAUUUAGGAUAA